CCUCACUAUCAGCCUGUGCUUUGAUGUGACACGUGAAACUCGGUGCCGACGCUGGCUCAUAACUGCCCAUCCAUCCUAGUACUUUCACCCACUAUGCCCAAAGUUAAGAAGGGAUGUCAUCUGCUGAAGCAUGCAACUUCAAAUGUGCGGAAGAAGCUGGCUCCGCACUCUGAGCUGGGGUCAGGCCCCACUUCUGCGCUGGAAUUGAUAGAUACACACCUCCAGUCCACUUCCACGCAACGGAACUAUAGCUCAGCAAUAACCAAUGCCAAGAAGUGGUUGGAAGAGAAUUGCCUCAAGUACAGUAACCCACUGUUGUCAUCCCCUGAGGAUCCAAAUCCGGAGGCAUAUCUCUUUCAACACAAGGAUGCUCUCCUUGCUUUCGACAAACCUGUGGAAAUUACUGCCAAACUACUGGCUGCAUACAUCACAUUCCGCGCUACUGAUCAGAACAAGUCUGUCUCAACUGUAGACAUACUCCGCUCCGCAUUCAAGUGGCACUUCAGGAAACUAGGAUUUGAGGGCACUUGGCAUCCGCACCCUUAUCCUGAAAAGUGCCAGGGAAACCCAUGUGAAUCCAGUCUGAUCAUUGACCUUGUCAAAUCUGUGAAGAAUUUGCGCGCAUCUGAGGGAACUAUCCGGAAUCAUGCAAGGGCAAUCCAGAUUAGCGACAUUAAGGCUAUUCAGGCUGUCACUGCUACUCAAUGUCCUCCAGACCUGAUUAGCAAGGCUCUUGACCCUAGUAUUCCCAGCGAGUCCUUCACCCUUAAACAACGUGACAACAUCCGCUCCCACCUCAUGUUGUGUACACUAACAUCUUUGGGCUGGACUCUAUGGACAAGGAAUGAAGAGCUCACUUCAAUCCUUAUUCAGCAUCUUGAUUGGGGACACGAGGAAGUCAGUCACAACCUUCCACACCUGCGCAUCACCCUGGUUAACCGCAAGGGCUGGCAAAAACAGAACCAUAGUGAUGAGUCUGGCUGCCAAGGGACACGGUAUAAUAUCUAUCCCCUCUAUGGCAUGGACACAUUUUCCCAGCAUGACGGACCCAAUGUGACUCCGGAGCUUGAUGCAUAUUGCCAUUACUGGUUUGCUCUUGCACCGGUUUUCAGAAGGUGGCCACUUCAUCAGUGCCAGUGGUGGGGUGGGUGGGCACCUGGAGAAAAUGCUCUCACAAUAUUCCAGCCAUCUACACUCCUCAAAUAUGCUAUGGAUAUGCUGAUCACCACAGAAACAAACUAUGGCGACUCACUUGCCCCGGUUCACAUUGACAACUUAGAGUCUCAAAAUGGAGCGAUGUCGCAACUCAAAGCAAUGACUGCAGAAGAAGCCUGCUCUCAGUUUGGCCACCUGGGUGAAUACAUGGGCCGCUUUGAGGAACGCAUGGGCCGGUAUGAGGAACACAUGCACCACUUCAGGCAUGGGCUCCGAAGCAUUGAUGACAGAUUUGCUUCAUUCCAAGUCUCACUGGAUCAACUCAGGCACACGAUAGGCUAUCUUAUUCCUCCUCACCCUGUUGCCUUCCACCACCAUGUUACUGGCUCCAGUUGGCCCCAGGAGCACCACGAUGAUGAUGGCCGACCCGCUCCGGGUGCUGAGCACACCACCAUUCCCCCAGUCCGCACACUUAAGGAUGCCAUUAAACAAUGGCUGCAUGGGGAUGAGAAUGAGCUCCGAGUGCCACUGAAGAACUGGAAGCGGGAAUGGUACACUGGCAAGCACUCGAGCACACAUGGAGUGACAUAUGGCAAGCGCCGUCGUGUUGGCCAGAAAUAUGACGAAAUGGGUGAGGCGGAGUUCCUGAAACACUAUGGACUGAAGAUGAGCGACAAUUUCGGUACUGCACUUGAAAAGAUUGGAGUGGAAGGGAAAAGAGACGGCACCAUCAAGAGUCGGCCGACAAAGACAUUUGCGAAAUAUCAGCGAGAGAAUUCGGGCACGGCCAGGGAAUCUCACGGCCCAUACCUCUCUCAAAACUCAUCCGUUGGGGACGUGACCGGUGGCGUCCGAAAGCCCUCGAGUAGGGGAUUCCAAUGA